ACACUGAGCUCGACUGGACAUAAACAAGAGUGAGGGCCUUUGUGGUACACUCCUCAGCAGCACUGUAUCCUCCAGCAAGUCCACUUGAGUUUUAUUUAAGAAGUGUAUGGCCAUUACAGUCGCGCGUCUCUGGCGGGAUUUGAUAAAUGCGCGCGGGUUGAUAUUCUGAUGUGUGUAGCACAAUAAGGACACAGACUACUCAAAAUGAACUGAUUGAUGAUCAUGUCCAUCACCUUAAGUUUUCAAUGGAUGGUCUGUAAGAUUGGAUAACUGCAAUAAUUAUUUCGGUAUCUUACUGGACACUGGGUAUAAAGAGCCAUGGCUAGUAGGAGAAAGUCCACCAUUCCAUGCAUGAUUCCUGUAAAGACCAUGCGUCUGCAGGAUGGCCUUGUACUGGACAGAGUGUCCCCUUCAACCAAGGACAUUGGUUGUUCCUUUGGGGAGGCAUCAAGUAGAAAAGGUAGUCCUAGUUUGGGUGACUCCAUAGGGCAAGAAGCAGGUGAUACUCAUAAAGAGCUUGGCACUUACACUUGUAGGCCUUGCAACUUUGAGACCCAGGACCUAAACCUUUUCCUUGAUCAUGUCUACAGUCUGCACCCAGAUUUCCUCUUUGACCCCUGUUUUCUUUGUGUGGAUUGCGGGGUAAGCGCUACAAAGUUUGAGGGCUUAGCACUGCACAAUGCCCGUGUCCAUCCCAGUACAAUAACCACCACCCUUCAGCUCAAGCAGAAGGAGAACAGGGUUCUAGUAGAACAAAGCCUUACUACGGAACCUUCUGAAAGCACUAGCUCUAAAGAAACAGAGAUUUUCAUCUCCAAGACACCGAUCAUGAAAAUGCUGAAGGGUAAAUCGGAACCCAAAAGGAUUGUAGUUUCUCAUGCUGUCACGGAUGAUCCUCCACCCUCUAUUACUAAACCAGUAGAGAAAAAGGACUCUUCUACUGUUACAGUCACUCAUGUGCCCACUAUUGUACACAAUGGAGCAGCCAGCAAAGUUGCCUUGCCAUCAGCCAUACAGAUUGUUAAUGGUUCUGGGGCUUUUCCCAUGCUGAAGACAGCUGUAACGCAAGUUGUGUCUGUUGUGCAGAACAGAAGUCUCAAUCAACAAUCUGCUUCAAUUGCUGUCUCCUCGUCACCCUCCUCCGUGACCUCCUCAUCGUCAAGUACCAAGAAUCUUCCAAAAGUCAUGAUCCCUCUCAGCAGCAUUCCUACCUACAAUGUGUCCAUGGACAAUAGCAGUUUCUUAAAAACGUCCUUUAGCAAGUUCCCUUAUCCAACAAAGGCUGAGCUGUGCUACCUUACAGUAGUCACCAAGUACCCUGAGGAGCAGAUCAAGAUCUGGUUUACUGCACAGAGGUUGAAACAAGGAAUCAGCUGGUCUCCAGAGGAGAUCGAGGAUGCCCGCAGAAAGAUGUUCAAUACAAUCAUACAGGCGACACCUUCUACUGGGCAACAGCAGCGACAGACCCAACAAACCACACCUCAGCCGACUAUCACAGUUCUGGGCACAACUGGGAUCCCUCACAUCUUACAAGGUAGUCUGGUAGGGCAAGGAGGGGUAAUUGUCACCCAGCCUAUGAUGACUAACAGAAUACAGGUUAGCAGUGCCCCUGUCGCACUUGCCGUAACACCCAAGCCUCAGGCUGCUGCAAAGCCUGUAAUGCAGGCAAGACCCGCCGCAGCCCUGGUGGCCGACAAAGGAAUCAGCAUGGUUUUAGGCACUGUUGGUAGCAGCAGCAGUGAAAAUUGCAGCAGUAGCAGCAAUGCUAGGACUAGUAGCAGUUCAAGCAGUAUUAGUAGUACUAGCAGCCUAAGUAGCCAUGCUAGUGUAAUCAGUACUGGUGGGAGUAAUACUGCCAAGUCAAAAAGCAACAGCAAUAUUAAGGUCAAUACAGCGUGUGUUAAAAGCAAUGGUAAUAUUGUAAAAAGUACCAGUGAGGGUAAAGGCAACAGUAAUGACACCAAGAGUUCGAGCAACAGUGAUGCCAGUCCAAACGGCAAUACCACAGCAGCAACCUUUAUAUCUACAACUACCACAGAUAGCACAACACCAGGUAAAUCGCACUCGCCAUCUUUGAUGUCCAUGAACUCUCAUAUUUUCUCCAGCGCUAACUUCCUAGACCCCAGCUUUAGCAAAGCCAAAAAGUCCCAAGUACAGCUGGCAGCCUUAAAGGAGAGCUUUCUUCUUAGCCAGUUUCCCAGUCAAGAGGAAGUAGACCGGCUUAUCAGCCUAACUGGUCUGUCUGUGCGUGAGGUACGGAAAUGGUUCAGUGACCGUCGCUACCACUUCCGGAAUCUAAAGGGUUCAAAGUCAAGUGCUGGUGGUCCAACUGCAGGAGCUAGUGGUAGCAUUUCCCAACUCGAUACACUUCCUGCUGUAGACCUGUCAGAGAAUAGUACACCCCCAGAUAGGCCCAAAACCCCCCAGCAGUCACCCCUCAGCCCCUUACAGACAUCAUCACCACCAACCCCAACACGACGCCAUCCGCGACCCCCAUCACCAGAUUUUACUGCUAUACGGUACAAAGAACGAGAGCCUCACCAGGUCCGUGCUUUAGAGGCCAGCUUUGCACAGGACCCAGAUCCACCUAGUGAAGAAGUGGACAGGUUGAGGGCGGAAACGAAGAUGACUCGUCGUGAGAUCCAUGGCUGGUUUGCUGAGCGGCGAAGGAGGGUGGCAGCAGAGAAGAAGAAAGAGGAAGCCGAGAGGGUGGAAAGGGAAGAUGAUGAGGAAGAGAAAGAAGAAAAGGAGAAAAUAAGCAGUGUAGAGACACUUAAAACUGAAGAUCUCUCCUUUGAGACACAACGAGUCCAAGAAGAAAAACAGAAGGAUGAGACUGGUUCUGAGCCAAAAGUGAACCCUAUUAAGAUCAAUCUAAAAAUGCUGAAAGUUACUGAAGCCAAUGGAAAAGGUGAUCCAGAUGGAGGUCAACUGCCCCUGACUGAUGUUACUAAAGUGCCACCAUCCAUCUCUCAAACAACUGUUCCUCAGAAUUCCCCAUACCGAGGCAAGAAAACACCCAAACAGCUCCACCUACUGAAGCAAGUCUUUGCACGCACUCACUGGCCCAGUAGUCCCCAGUACAAUGAACUGAUAGCUAAAACCGGCCUUCCACGACCAGAGGUGGUACGUUGGUUUGGAGAUUGCCGCUAUGUCCUGAAGAAUGGUCAGCUCAAGUGGCUCGAGAGUUACCAGACCAUGGUCGAUGAAGACGACUUCCAGAAAGCUAACAUUAGUGUGCUGAAGGAGCACCUGGAUACCCAUGGUGAACUAGAAGAGAAUAAAUUGGAGGAGAUUUCCAAAGCAAGUGGGUUAGGUGAGGAAUCGAUCCGGCGGUGGUUUGCAUAUAAAACACCACUUGUAUUGGAAGGUAGAAAGUCUGAAAACAUAAAAAGCAUCAUGACUGAAUCAUCUACUGCAGCAACCCCAACCAAAGCUACUCUAACAUCUCAGCAUCUAGCCCAAGAUGCAAAGGUGGAACAAUCAGUAAGCAGUUUAAUCUCCAAGGAUCAAACCACAAAGUCGACAGUGGAAGAAGAAUCCGCUAAUGAGUCGGACUGAAGAGGAAAGUGGAUACAUGAAUGUGUCUAGGAGCAAAAAGAUAUCACCCCAUGGGAUUAUAGCACAGGUGGCCUUUAUUUGGACUAGUCAGAUGAGAUGUGACAGGAGCACUGGAAGACAUCUUUGCACAAAAACAACAAUCUCUCCAUAAACAAAAAUUUUUUUUUUCUUAAGAGUAACUAGCUGCCCCAUCGUUGGGAGACAUAGGGUGGAUUAUCUUGUGUCUGGAUUCUCCCCAUCACCAGCCAGCUGCUUUUUCCAUCUGAACACAACAGAGGGGAAAAUAGACUUUGGAUUCGAAAUGAGAGACACCUGAAUAGAUAUCCUCUAUUUCCUAACUUCAUCUUCAGGGGACGACCUUCCUUGCUGUAAAUGUUUAAAAGUGGCUAUUUUUGAGGGACUUAAAAGUGGUACGAAACGCAAACUGCACAGCUCUCGUUGAGCUCUGUUGUCAUUCUUAAAUAUGACUGACAAUAUUGCACCUCAGAGAGGUUUAGCUGAAUGUAAAGCAACAAUACCACGGAACAUUGUUUCUUCUGAAAUGUCAUUAAGAGCAAAAGAAAACUGUAAAAUCAUGGCUGUCAAUGUCAAAACGGUUUCACCAGUGUGAAUGCUUAUGCUAUGAUUUUUACAAAUAU